AUGUAUGAUCGUAUUGAACCAUAUUUAAAAGAUCAAAAAAUCUAUGCUACAUCAGCUAAAGUCUUGUUAGCAAAUACUUAUGCAUUAGCAAGGAAUUUAACACCAGUAUCAAAUAUUCGAAUGAAAAUGAAUCAAUCAGGUUUGAAAAAAUUGGUUGGUCUUUCUUGGACAGUAGUAAAAUUUCGUACACAUGAUCGAUCACAUCCACAAUCGAAUGAAAUCUAUGAAGAAAUAGAACGUUUAACAAUAGAAUUAAAACAACAUGGAUUAGUCGACUAUUGA